GACGCGUCCUUGUGUAAUUCGUUCACAUAUCACUUCGCACUAUGUCAUGGGAUCUUCGAUCGGAGAAAUCCGCCGUAAAUGAAAUAGACCCCCAAAAAUCUGUAAUUGAGAAGGAUAGGUUCAGCCAAUUCGUAUUUUGACUGGUGUGGAAAGACAUAAGACUUUGCUGAAAUUAUUUCCUGAAUAUCGUCAAUAACUGACCAUGAGUGGUGAGUUUUGGUUGAUCUCUGCCCCAGGCGAGAAGACCUGCCAGCAGACAUGGGAAAGGCUGAACGGCGCCACCGUCAGGUUCGAUUUGUCCUUGAAUUACAAGUUUCCGAUACCAGACCUGAAGGUCGGAACACUGGACACGCUGGUUGGGCUCUCGGAUGAGCUGGGGAAACUGGAUUCUUAUGUUGACAAUAUCACUCACAAGCUUGCCCAUUACCUCGGUGAGGUAUUAGAAGACCAGAAAGACAGACUUGCAGAGAAUCUCAUGGCCAACAGAAUGGACCUGAGCACGUAUGUAACUAGAUUUCAAUGGGACGUAGCCAAGUAUCCAAUCAAAUUACAGCUAAAGAGCAUCGCUGAGAUCAUUAGCAAGCAAGUAUCACAGAUGGAUGGCGAUCUGAAGACCAAAUCUCAUGCAUAUAACAGUAUUAAGGGAAAUCUGCAAACACUAGAGAGAAAAGCCACAGGAAGCUUAUUGUCGCGGAACCUUGGAGACAUCGUCAAGAAGGAUGAUUUCAUCAAUGAGUCAGAAUAUCUCACAACGCUGCUUGUCGUCGUUCAAAAGAAUCUCUACUCUGAUUGGACUUUGAAGUAUGAGAAACUUUCAGACAUGGUUGUACCAAGGUCAACAAGGAUGAUCUAUGAGGACAAUGAUCAUGGUUUAUACAGCGUCACAUUAUUCAAGAAAGUCGUAGAUGAAUACAAGCUACAUGCCAGGGAAAACAAGUUCAUGGUCAGAGAGUUCACAUACAAUGAAGAGGAGUUAAAUGCAGGGAAGAAUGAGCUUAACAAGCUAGCAGCUGACAAGAAAAGGCAAUAUGGACCUCUGGUUCGAUGGCUCAAGAUCAACUUCAGUGAAGCAUUCCAAGCUUGGGUACACGUCAAAGCUCUAAGGGUGUUCGUAGAAUCAGUUUUAAGAUAUGGUCUACCAGUCAACUUCCAGCCCAUGAUACUACAACCUUACAAGAAAACGCAAAAGAAAAUGAGGGAGGUCCUAAACACGCUCUACGGCCAUUUAGACGGAAGCAACAUUACAGCCAAAGAUGCAAAAGUGGCUGUUGAUAUGCCAGGUCUAAUGUUUGCAAACACCGAGUACUACCCCUAUGUCUUCUACCCUAUUCAAAUCAACUUCUGCGACUGAGCCGAACUUUCCAGCCGUCAUCGUGGACUUUUUUAACCUUAGCUAGGACACAGUACAUCUCAUUCAUCAAGUUUGUCAUUUUCUUUAUUGUUGAUCCCCUUCUGAGUCCCCCAGUUUAUGUUUCAUGCAAGGACCUGUCAGAUGAUUUAUCUGACAAAGUCUGUUUUAUUUGACAGUUACCAUGGUAACAGUGCUUGUCAGCCAAUCAAAAUCAAGGAAAGUUGUGAGACAAGGAAUGUUGAUAAAAGCUCCUCAGAUGUGUUAUCCGACAAUGUCUGCUUCAGACAGUAACCAUACUAACGGUUGGACAAUGGUGCAUCUCAGACAAUCAUAAACAAGAAAAGUUAUCAGGGGGCGUAAACUGAUGUCAGCAAUGACUAAGUUGUCAGCGCUGAUAAUUUCAGUGAAAUCCUUGGUUUUGGUUAGCUGAGAGGCACUGGCUUCUGACAAUUAGUAUGGUAAUUGUCAGGGAAAGACAAAUUGUCAGUGCUGACUACUUUCAUGAAGUGGUCCCACGAUCUUGAAAACUUGUCUGAUAACAAAUAUUGAUGACACCCCCCCCCCCUGUAGUUCAAAGCUGAUGAUCGUAUUCCUCGUCACGAAUAAGAACCCCAUGCUCAUUACACUGUGUGAUUUCUAGUUUUAUUGUUAACUGUUUGGUGUCAGUGUUUAGCUGAUAUUUACCAUAUCUCAGCACGAAUCUUAAAAUGAAUCCAGCGCUGUAGCCAUACUCAAAAGGUAAUGAAGUAGCAAUAAUGCAAUUUGAAUCUCUUCUGUAAGCUUACAUUAGAUGUUGAAGGUUUUAUCUAUCUUUUAAAUGCCAAAACGAAACACGAAAAUUAAAAUCACUGUAUGGAGCUCAUUUUUGAGAAAUUCAUUUUGGGGUUGCAAGUAACUUAUGUAUUGUUGAUUGCAAAUUUCAUUAGCAAAUUUGUCACUGAUCAAUCAAUUCUAAUAUAAACAAGAUACAGGUGUCACAAUACAGGCCAUAGAACUCAAACAAUUGGCAAAGUUGCAGCAGGUUUUGAGUCAGGUAUGCAAGCUAUGUACUGCUUAUAUAAAGUAAAAUUUCACCCCAAGUUUAUCAGAGGAGCGUUUCAUGAAAUGUUUUGUCGGUGAUAUUUACUGACUGAUUUACUCUCGGCCAAUCAGAUGCUAGGAUUUCAGUAGCUUAUAACAAUUGUCAGUGAAGCUCAUUAUUUGCUUCAUGAAACAAGCCCCAUAUUUUACUGUUCCCAAUACUUUCAAAUUAGGCAGAGUUUAGUAUGGAUAUUGAAAUUUAAAUAUUAUGUCCAUCACUGACAAAUCUUACAAACUACUGCAAAUCCUAGCAUCCGAUUGAUCACUGAAUAUACUUUUUCCAUGAAACAGUCCUCUUAUUUUAGAAGGCCUAUUCCUACAAUCUAUAAAUUCACUUGUACAUAUUAACCGAUAUUCUAAUUUUAUGAGACAAUGCUGUUUAUUUAAACUGUGAAAAGUAUGUGUUUUACAAAUUUGGGGCAAUAAUAGUGUUUAAACUAUGUUCUUUGUAUUUCCAUUAUUUGUGUAAAGGUAGCUAGCUUUCUGGGUCCAUAUUUAUAUAACCUGAAUAUUGGUCGCAUUUAUCGUAUUUUCAAGAAAUUAUGAAGAAAACCCUGUCAUUUGUUUAUGUGAAGGAAGACAUCUGGGGCCGUUUCAUAAAGCUGCUUGUAAGUUAAGAGUGACUUUAAGAAUGACUGGUGAUCCUUGUGGUAAAUGAUAUUCACCAUUAAAUGUUCAUUGGUGAUUAUUUAGCACGCAAGAAAGGAUCACCAGUCAUUCUUAUAUACAAACAGCUUUAUGAAACACCCAUCUGGUCCAGGAGUUUGUUGCAGAAAGAGUUGCGAUCAAACACAACACAAAAAAAUUGAAUGCAACUUCAUUUUCAACCUAUGAAAUGUGUGUAUUAGGGGCUUGCAAUUGAUAUUUUUUAAGUUACCUUUAAACACAACUCCUUCUGCAACUUCGACCUGAAGGGGUAUUGGCCUCAGUAGUGUCACCAAAGGUUUUAUAAAAAGAUCCUAUAACUUGUUUAUGUGUAGGUGUAAGACAUCCAGGCCAGGUCUUACGAAGAGUGUCAUUGAUCCAAUAAAUUUCAACUUUGGAAAUCCAUUGAUAUCAUAAUUCUUUGAAGAAAUGUCCACUCCAUUGUAAACCAAAAAGAUCACAUUUAUUGAUCAUGAAAACGAUGUAUGCACAAGUGCCCAUCAUAUUGAGAAUUGAUUUUGUUUUAACAAAAUGUGCUCUACAGGCUUCCUGAGUUUUGAAGAGCUGCGAUUGAUCCGAAUGAUCUCGUGUAUAAAUAGAAAGCCAGCGGGGCCAACAUGUAGAACAUCCAUUCAAACUUUUUACUAAAUACAAUAUACAUUUGGAACAUGUAUCAUUGUCUUGACAAAAUAGGGUGCUUCUUCAUGUCCAAAGGGACAUUGUGCACAAUUUCUAUACAGUGUGUCCCACAAAAAAGGAAACCCGUUUUCAGAUACAGACUUCACAGUUAUUCAAUAUGUUUUCACUAUAAAUUUGACACUUGUGGAAAGAGUGGAUUCUCUUCUCUAGUUUGAGACCUUGCAAAUCUUUUCCGUGUGGGAGAAUACAAACGGUAAAUAUUGAGGCCUAUCAGAAACUUGCAUGUGAAUCUGAAUCCACUCUCAUAUUAGAGAUCACUGACUUCAUUUAAGAGAUCACUGAACUUCAUAUCAAACCAAUCUUCUCAAAUUUGUCUGUGCAACCUGAUUUUGACAUUGAAAUUUCAAAUUUGUCUUGCUCAUAUGUGCAUGAAAUUUCUGCCUCAUAUUAGGUUUCGAAAUAGAGAGCAAUUACAAAUAAUUUUCUGAAGAUGUAAAUGAAAUAUACAGUAAUUAAUUUGCCUUUGAAGAAAAAAGAUGUGAAUUCUGGAUUCCUUUUUUAUGGGAUACACUGUAUAAGAAUAAAUGAAUUAUGAUAUUAAUUGAGCUCCAGGUUUAAGUUGAUAAGAUCAGUAGCAAUUCUUCUGAAAACUGGUUUUGUAUGUACGAUCGAGGAUACCUUUAGUAGAGUUCUGCAUGAGAAUGAAAAUUGAUGACAAUUUGUUAAAAAUCAGUACUUGAAAUUGGUAUGAGAUGCAAAUAUAACAAAGAUGAAAUGUGAGCAACCUAUAUUAUUUAUCCUUAAAUGUUCAUCAAUGUUUGUUCUUGAAAAUCUUUGGUAGGUGAGGAAGUAGCUGGGUAUAUGUAAUUUGAUUUGUAUAUGACCCAUUGAUGAAAAUAAUUAAUUUCUGUCAAGAUUAGGGAGUCAAUCAUUCCUAGAAUUAGACCACUCCCUGCUGACUUAAGAGGAUUUUUAAAAAAUAAUGUUACAUCGGUGCUUGUCAUGUAUCUGAAUCACAUCUGACUGUAGUUUUUCCUCAUGUGAUCCUGUAAAUGUUCAGUUUCUAUGCCUGAGAGACAAUACAUGCUCAGCAUUCAAAUAUAUGUAUUUUGAAGUAACGAGUACAGACUUAGUGAGAAACGUACCCUUGAAUGUAAAUCCUGUAACGAAAGUUAUCAUUAUGCAAGUUUAUUUGUAGAACUGAUGAAACAUUCCAUUGCUCUAAACCUAUUUUCAUGAUAAAUCCAGUUCUAAAGAUGUAUCACGGAAUAAUUUUCCUGGUAGUACAUCGCAAUAUGCUCCACUUUGUUAAAGACUGCUACAAAAAAGUCUUUAAUGUACAUUGUAGCAGAAUAUUUAGGAGGACUGUACAGAACACAAUUGGGAGCUUGAUCAAUAAGAUUAUGCAUUACAUAUCAUAUACGCGUCGGCAUUUAAGUGCAACUCGAAGUCAUACUUUACACUUUGUGAAACACCCCCCUGGUUUGGGUAGUAUUAAAGUCCAGGGGAGUGUUUCACAAAAGUCAAAUGUGUCUUAGAAUCAUGUUUGAACACCAGCACGCAUGCAUGAUGUGGUAUGUAACUCAUAAUCCAUUGCUGACUACGCCGAAGUGCACGUCUCCUGAGCUUGAUCUGACCAUUGCGGUGAUCAUUAUAUACCAUACGCAACUGGAAAUCUCAGUGUGAUUCUAGUCACUUCGGUCAUCUGUGAAAAACCACCCAUAAAUUUCCACAUAAAUGAACUACUGUUAAUUCUCUGUAUUGGUCGAUUUUCAUGUGUUGAAUAUCUGCCCAUGUCUAUCAAUGUUUUAUAGUCUUUGAACAUUUGACCGCAUGUGAGUGCUACUGAACAUGUAUCAUGGGCAAAGUGUGGGCUUAAGCAUUAAUAUCGAGUACAUUGGGUCAAUUAUGCACAAUUUAGCAUCCAUCUUUUAAAUGUAUUAAGGUAAUGAUAUAUAUACCUUGGGUAAAAUACAAAUUUCUGUGAAAUAUUUCAUGAUCGUUUGUUUUCUCCAUUUUCAUCAUGUAAUGGGUGGGUAAUUGGAUUGACUUAUAUGUAUUACUGUUCAUCAUAGAGUUAUAUAUAUGAAAUAUGAUCAUAUUAUGGUAUUGUUAUUAUUGAAAUAUAUAUGUAAAGAAAAGUGGUGAA